AGUUAUCUCAUUUUACCCUAGAAAAGCCCACAAAUAUUGACUUUAGCUGUCAAUUUUUAAUUUCCCUCCCUGUCUGCAAAGGGUCAAACUUACACAAGUGGGAAAUUUUGUAAUGAACCAUCAACCAAUGCCAUGCCACCACGUAUGGACCUCUACCUCCAUGGAAUCUAUCCGAUCGUAUCCAUUUCACUUCUUUUUAAUUUUAAACCUUUUCUUUUCUUCUUAUUAUUAUUCACCUGUCCAUAUGCUCGCCCUUUUUAAACUUGUAAGUAACGACAAUGGUUAGUAGACCUUGAAAUUUGAAAUAGCACAAACAAUUCAAAUCCCCUACAUCAAAACAAACACUCAACACAACCCCAGUUAUUACAGUACCUUUAUUUUUAUUUUUCCCUGACAAGGUUUCACCAAGGUUGUUUUUUUUCCUCUCUUGCCCCCACCCUCAAGUGUUUCCUAGCUGUAACUACGGUGAAACCGAUGCUGGAAGUCUCUGCUUCACCGGCAACUCCUCUUGCCAACCCGGAGGGAGGCGCCGCGGCGGUCUCCGAGUGGCUCAAAGCGGAGGACGGCGAAGCCGGUGACCGGAAUUCCGCCGCCAGUCGAUGGCCUAAAGAGGAAACAAUGGCUUUGCUCAAGAUAAGGUCUGACAUGGACGUUGCUUUCAGGGAUACAAACCCCAAAGCCCCUCUCUGGGACCAAGUCUCAAAGAAAUUAGCGGAGCUAGGUUAUAAUAGGAGUUCGAAGAAGUGCAAGGAGAAAUUCGAGAACAUUUACAAGUACCAUAGGAGAACCAAGGAAGGUCGUUGUGGCAAAUCCAACGGUAGCAAGACUUACAGAUUUUUCGAGCAAUUGGAAGCUUUAGAAGGACACCACUCACUUCCGACUCCCUCUGUAAGCGCCCCAGAAACAGCAACGACGACGACGACGACCCACGUGCCCGACAACAACACCAACGUCGAUGUUAUUUUAGAUGCGGUUCCGUGUUCCGUGAGUGCGUACGUGGGGGAGCAUUCUAGUUCGACGACUUCGUGCUCCGGUAAGGGGUUUAGGAAGAGGAAGCUGACGCAGUUUCUGGAUGGGUUGAUGAGGGAAGUGAUAGAGAAGCAGGAUAUGCUGCAGAGGAAGUUCGUGGAGGUGUUGGAGAAGUGCGAGAAGGAUCGAAUGGCAAGGGAGGAAGCGUGGAAGAAGGAGGAGCUGGCGCUGAUUAAGAAAGAGCGCGAGCUUCUGGCUCAGGAACGCUCCAUCGCCGCGGCUAAAGAUGAAGUCGUCCUUGCUUUUCUAAGAAAGUUCACCCAAGUUGAAGGCGUGGUGCAGUUGCUGGAGAAAAUCCAGGGUCAAAACAACGGGCACAGGGACAUGCAACAAAGUGGGAAUAUCAAUGCUGCGGCUAAUGGAGGUGGUGGUGGUGAUAGUGAUGUGAGUGAUAUGGAUAAGCGAGAGUGUGGGAAUAAUCUGAGUGUUAGGAAUUUCGUGCAUAUGAGUAGUUCGCGGUGGCCGAAGGAUGAAGUGGAGGCUUUGAUAAGGUUGAGGACUGAACUUGAUGUGCAGUCUCAGGGGAACAAUAAUAGCAGUAAUGGUGUGUCGAAGGGGCCACUUUGGGAGGACAUAUCUUCGGCCAUGAAGGGCCUUGGCUACGAACGCAGUGCCAAGAGGUGCAAAGAGAAAUGGGAGAACAUAAACAAGUAUUUCAAGAGGAUGAAGGAGAAGAACAAGAGGAAACCUCAGGAUUCCAAAACCUGUCCCUAUUAUCACCACCUGGAGGUUUUGUACAGCAAGAAGCCCAAGAGGGCUGAUGUAAAGGAUUUUGGGAAGGAGUUGAAGCCCGAGGAGCUGUUGUUGCAUAUCAUGGAGAGUCAAAGUCAAGAAGAGAGACAAGCGCAGCAACAACAGGUACAGAGUCACUCAUCAUCCGAAGAUGGGGAGAAAGAUGAUAGGGAUCAGCGUGAGGGAGAUGAAGAAGAUCAAAAUGGGUUUCAGAAUGUGAUGCUUGAAAAUAGUCCUUCCAGAGCAAUCAUGAGUUAAAAGCUUGGUAAUCUUCAGAGAUUCUUUAUUGCUAAAAUUGAACUUCUUCUCUGACAAACAACAUGACUUCCUUUGACUUUCCAAUCAUUUAUCGAAUCUGGAUCCAAAGUCAUGAACCAGGAGGAGUAGUUGUAGGUUGUGUUGGUGGCCUCCAGUGGUAAUAGUGAAUACAAAAGAAUCUGAAGGGUGUUGUUUUUGUAUCUAUUACACUGUCUCUUUUCUAUUUUUCAUCAUAUUUUUUUGGGGAAACAUGAUAGAAGGAACACGCUCACAGAGAAAAAGAAAAAGAAAAGAGAGAGAUUUAAUACUUAGUAAUUUUUUUCCCUAGAAGUUUGCAAACCCAUGUGUAGUCAGGUGGGAGAGGGUUGGAUUUGUUUGGUAGUGACAAUAAAGAAUGGCAUACUGUACUUUCCCCAUCACAGCCUAGUUAGAGGUGAACUGUAACGAUAACGAAAGUUCACUUUUGUUUUAGAAAUGAUAUUUUUACAAUUCUUU